AUGGCCUCAAACGGCGGAUCGGGCGCACACACGCUGCAAGCACAAGCACAAGCGCAGGUACAACCAUGUCGGUACAAGACAGGAAAGACACUGGGUGCGGGCAGCUAUUCAGUUGUGAAGGAGUGUGUACAUAUUGAUACCGGGAGAUACUAUGCGGCAAAAGUUAUCAACAAGCGACUCAUGGCGGGAAGGGAACACAUGGUGCGGAACGAGAUUGCCGUCCUGAAGCGCGUGUCCAUGGGACAUAGGAAUAUCUUGACGCUCGUCGACUACUUCGAGACCAUGAACAAUCUCUACCUGGUCACUGACCUUGCCCUAGGAGGCGAACUAUUCGAUCGCAUCUGUCGAAAAGGAAAUUACUACGAGUCAGAUGCUGCUGACCUCAUUCGCGCCACCCUCUCUGCCGUUGCGUACCUACACGACCAUGGCAUCGUGCACCGUGAUUUGAAGCCCGAGAACUUGCUCUUCCGCACCCCUGAGGACAAUGCAGAUUUGCUCAUCGCGGAUUUCGGUCUCUCGCGUAUAAUGGAUGAGGAGCAGUUCCAUGUAUUGACAACGACAUGCGGUACACCUGGCUAUAUGGCGCCCGAGAUCUUCAGGAAAACCGGACACGGGAAGCCUGUCGACAUUUGGGCCAUUGGUGUCAUAACCUACUUCCUCCUUUGCGGCUACACUCCAUUCGACCGCGACUCCAAUCUCGAGGAGAUGCAGGCUAUCCUCGUUGCCGACUACUCCUUCACGCCCCUCGAGUACUGGCGCGGUGUCUCCCUCAAGGCCCGUGAGUUCAUCCGCCGCUGCCUCACAGUCGACCCAGCCGCGCGCAUGACCGCCCACGAGGCACUCUCGCAUCCCUGGAUUGCAGACCUUGGGGAGAUCUCCGCUGAAGGCGAGGAGGAUCUGCUCCCGACCGUCAAGAAGAACUUCAAUGCCAGGCGCACGCUUCACGCUGCUAUCGACACUAUACGUGCUAUCAACCAGCUACGGGCCGGCGGUGCAGCGGGCAUGAUGGACGGUGUUAGAUCUGGAGAGCCGAGACGAGGCGCGCCUCCUGUGAACGUACCGCAACCCGUCGCGGACGAGGAUCCCAUGGACAUUGACAAAAUCGAUAGCCGCGGCAACGGCCACGGACAGACGGACGAGAUGAUCAAAGAGCAGGAGCGACGGAUCCACGAGACACAGCAAGGACUCUGGGCUGGGAGGAGAUGA